AUGAUUGAUGCUUUAGAAAUCUCCAAAAUUUGUGGCGCAUUCAUUGAAGCUCCUGGUAAAGAAUUCAGAUUAGGAAUUGUUGAAACUGCCGCUGGUAAAAAUUAUAAAACUGAGAAACUUGUCUACUACUUACCCUAUCAUCCUAAGAUUGGAAAGGAUAAAAACACAACUAAACUAAGAAUUGUUUUUGACGUUUCGUCACAUCCUCCGAAAUCCCCAUCAUUAAAUGAUUUGUUGCAUUCUGGACCAAACUUAAAUCCUGACUUAUUAAAUCCCAUUCUUAAGUUUAGACUCAACUACAUAGCAUUCAUCGUUGUCAUCGAUAAGGCAUUUUUGAUGAUUUCACCUAAUGAGAUUGAUCGAGAAGUUGUGCAAUUUUUAUGGGUAGACAAGUUAUCAGAAAAUUUAUCUGAAAUUCAACCAAGUAUUCUUUGCGUGAAGCGUGUUUUGUUUGAUGUUACAUCCAGUCCUUUCCUUUUAGUGAGUGCGAUAAAGUUGCACGUAGAAAAAUAUUGCUAUAAAUACCCUGAAGCAUGUAACAUAUUUAAUGAUGCUAUGUAG